GCAAGGGAUGCAGGCUUGCACCUUGCUAGUAACCAGUGUUAAAGAAACGCAGACCUUGAGCAAGAUAUUUCCCAAGGCUUGACUUUCAUCUUUUGCAUGGUCUUCAUAGUGGAUUAAUUAUAUAUCAGGAAACAUAUGCCAUGAGGUCAAGACUCUUAAUGUUCUGCAGCCUAUUAUUUGGAUUCUCCUUGGAGCACACUUCUCGUAAUAGAAAGGAACUUGGACAAACCUCAAAUAGUCUGGAGGAAGGGCCUGACGUCACAGCGUUCUGGUGGGGAGAAUGGGCCAAGUGGACAGCCUGCACUCGCUCAUGUGGAGGAGGAGUGAAGUCACAGGAGAGGCACUGUCUUAAACAAAGCAGGAAGAAAUUGUAUGUUGGAAAAGAAAAUGUGACUUGUACUGGGACCUCAAAGCAUUAUCAUCUCUGCAACAUUCAGGUUUGCCCACCUUCAGCAAGGAGUUUCAGAGAAGAGCAGUGCUCAUCCUUUAAUUCUCAAACCUAUAAUGGGAGAAAUUAUCAAUGGAAGCCAUUAUAUUCAGAUGACUAUGUGCACAUCUCCAGUAAGCCAUGUGAUCUGCAUUGCACUACCUCUGAUGGACAAAGACAGCUGAUGGUGCCAGCAAGAGAUGGGACUUCCUGCAAGUACAAUGAUCACAGAGGCGUCUGUAUCAACGGGAGGUGUGAGCCAAUUGGAUGUGAUGGAGUUCUUUUCUCCACGCUCACCCUGGAUAAGUGUGGAGUAUGCCAGGGUAAUGGAAGCAGCUGCAUUCGAGUGACUGGCAACUUUAGGAAGGGAUCUUCACAUCUGGGAUACUCCUUUAUAACUGAAAUUCCAGCAGGGUCCCAAGAUAUCCAGAUCAUUGAGCGAAAGAGAUCUGCUGACAUACUGGCAAUCACUGAUUUGGAAGGAACGUUUUUCUUCAAUGGUGACUACAAGGUGGACAGUCCAAAAAAUGUUCAUGCAGCUGGUACAGUCUUCAAGUAUCGUCGGCCUAUGGAUGUCUAUGAGAGUGGGAUUGAAUACAUUGUGGCACAGGGUCCCAUUAAUCAGCCUAUAAAUGUUUUGGUAUGGAAUCAAAAUGGAAGAAACCCCUACAUCACCUAUGAAUACACAGUCCUGAGGCAUCCACACACUACUGAGCUGCAGCCUUUCUUUUACACAUCAGCUGAAAGAAAAGGUUCUGAAGAAAAAAGCAAAGGACAUGUUUCUGUGGAGUCGGACAGCAUAGUUUCUCUCAAUGGUAGUUCCUUCAAUACCAUGGAGAAGGAUAAUACUGAGACAAAAAUACAGCUCCUAAAGAAACCAUCAUCCGCACUGAGAGCAGUUGGUGUUGUAAGUAAUGAUGACCAACAGACAAAUGAAGUUUACGAAGAGACACUUUCUAAAAACUGUGAACCAGAAACACUGGUGAGUCAAGAGCACCAAGACCUCAAUGUCACCAGACACAAUAGUGUAGGUGAUCACAUGUAUACCUCAGUUGUGUCCACCUCAGUGUCAGAUGAAAUCCUUCCAGAAUCUGAAAAUCUUAUCCUAAACAUACUCCUCAAGAAUCCCCCACUUUCAGAGGACCUCGUGGUGAACAUGACAAUGAAUCAACUGCUUUCCAAAGGAGAACCACUGUAUUCCAUGGAGAUGGGCCAACUGGAUUCUGACUAUGAUAGCACUGAGCACACUUUGAAUGGCACCCUCCAGGAACUGACACUGGACAGGAAGGCAAAUGAAUCAGAUGGAGGCAUUCGGCUUUUAAAUCAUACAAUGCAACCUGGAAAUUCUUCCAACAACCGCACUCAAAAAGUCAGGAAUCGUCUGAAGAUUCCUCGGAAAGGUCUGGGACUGAGUCCGGCUGACAUGUACAGAUGGAAGCUGUCCUCACAGGAGCCAUGCAGUUCAACAUGCACUAUAGGAGUAACUGCGUCUUAUGUUAUGUGUGUCCGCUAUGAUGGAAUUGAAGUUGAAGACUCCUAUUGCGAUGCGACGACACGACCAGAGCCUGUGCAUGACUUCUGCAUUGGGAGAGAAUGCCAGCCCAGGUGGGAAACAAGUAGCUGGAAUGAGUGCUCUCGAACCUGUGGGGAAGGUGUACAAUUUCGGAUGGUGCGCUGCUGGAAGAUGCUGUCUCCAGGAUUGGACAGCUCAGUCUACAGCGACCUGUGUGAACUGGCUGAACUUGAACGACCUUCAGAGCGACGCCCUUGUAAAAACCCUGCCUGUGGCCCCCAGUGGGAGGUGGCAGAAUGGGAGGAGUGUCUUGCGAAGUGUGGAGAACGAACCACAGUGAGUCGGGAAGUGAGAUGUUCAGAAGAUGAAAAAUUGUGCGAUCCAUCAACGAGACCAGCGGAUACCAAGAACUGCACUGGUCCGCCUUGUGACCGACAGUGGACUGUCUCUGAUUGGGGACCGUGCUCAGGCCCAUGUGGACAGGGUAAAAUGAUACGACAUGUGUAUUGCAAGACAUCAGAUGGCAAAGUGGUGCCAGAGUCUCAGUGCAAUCAAGAGAACAAGCCAUUGGCUAUCCACCCCUGUGGCGAGAAAGAGUGUCCAUCAAGCUGGAUUGCACAGGACUGGGAGAAGUGCAACACAACGUGUGGGCGAGGUGUCAAAAAGCGGACAGUCCUGUGCAUGGGAAUCUCAGAAGGAAGAAGUAAAAUUCAGAAUCCUGAGGACUGUGAUGCUGCUCAGAAGCCAGUGGAGGAAAGUACGUGUUUUGAGAGGCCUUGCUUUAAGUGGUACACUACUCCAUGGUCAGAGUGCUCAAAAACCUGUGGAGUUGGGAUGCGUAUAAGAGAUGUGAAAUGCUACCAAGGUAGAGAAGCUGUAAAAGGCUGUGACCCCCUAACAAAGCCUGUAGCUAAACACACAUGUGAUCUGCAGUCUUGCCCUACUGAGGCCCCAGAUGAAAGUUGUCAGGACCAGCCCAACACUAACUGUUCUCUUGCACUCAAAGUGAAUUUAUGCAGCCACUGGUACUACAGCAAAGCCUGUUGUCGCUCAUGUCGAUCUAUGCUGUCUUCAUAAUAACCACUCUAGCCUUGAGUCUGCUUCGCCACCUGCCUUGGACCACAUGCUGCUUAAACAUAUCUCUCCUCAGCCUGUGAGCUGCAUCAGGUCAUUCUGUGUCUAAAUCAUAUUAGCACUUUAUGCAGGUAACAUCUUUGUGUAAAAUAAUCUCAAAAGACAGUGAGAGCUGUGUCUCACAUGGACUCCUUUGAAAGGAUACUUAAUACUUGUCUUUCAUUCACCCUGAGUGAAAGCAGCUAUGGUUCAAAUGAUGAUAAAGUUCUGAUUUAAAGUAUAAGCCUAAAGGUUACCCAUGAAAUUCAGACUCAUGCACUGAGGAGAAUUGUUUUUUUCAUAGAAAUGAUCCUGUUUAUAAUGUAGAUCUUUGUAAGAAAAUGAACAUUUUCAGAUUGUUUUAUAUUUUUGGUAUUGAGUGAAAGGUGUUACAUGUGACAAACUGAACAAUGCUCAAAACAAUAGUUUACAACAUAACAUGCUAAACAGAUUCUCCCAUAGUUUUGUAUUUCUCCAGUUGUAUUAUAGUAGGUACUUUUAAAAGAAAACUUAAUUAUUUCUUUACAUUUUGAACUGUGGUACCUAAAGUGAAUGUCAAUGCAGUACUUGAAAUGGUUUCCUUACAAUUCCAGAGUUCUCAAUUCAAACCCUUGCCUUGUUUGCCUCUGUGCACAGUUUACAUGCCUCUUCUCUGUUUACAUCCCAAAAACACGCAGAUUAGAAUGAUCAAUGAUUCAAGACUGGCCUUGUAUGAGUGACUGUGCACUGUGAUGACAGGCAUCUUUGUCCAGGGUGCUCUUGCCCUUUUCCUAGCAGUAUUGAUAAAGGUUGGCUUCCCACAAAAUUUAUUGAAAUAAACAGA